AUGAGCCAUACGAUUCUUCUCCUUCAGCCAACAGAUAACAUCGAAUCGCGAUCCUGGUCGGACUACGAAUCAACAAAUGAUUGCCUUGAUGGAAUCUGCAAAGUCUACGAGGAAUAUCUGAAAAAGAAAACACCAACAAAACCAACCAUCACAUAUGAUAUUUCUAACCUGUUUGAGUUCAUCGACGAUCUGAAAGAUCUCUCAAUGCUUGUUCUUGACAGCGAAACAUAUACAUACGUUCCGCACAAUAAACAGUUUGUGAAAGAAAGUAUAUACAAAUUAAUGGACACCAGGUUGAAUAAGCAACAGUGA